CGUCUGACGGAAUCCAUCGCUUCUUCGCUCACUCAGGCGGACGACUCUUCCAAGCGACGAAGAAGAAGAAGAAGAAUGGCUGCUGCUUCGACGCCGAUGAACGGGACAGGAGCAGCAGCGGGUGGAGAGCACGCGCGGCAUGCGUACGCACGCACGAUCCUGGGCCCUGCGCUCGCCGAGCGGCUCCGCACGGCGCGCGUCCUCGUCGUCGGCGCCGGCGGCAUCGGCUGCGAGCUGCUCAAGAACCUCGUCCUCGUCGGCGUCGGCCAUGUGGACAUCAUCGACCUCGACACAAUCGACCUGUCGAACCUCAACCGGCAGUUCUUGUUCCAAAAGGCGCACAUCGGCCGGCCCAAGGCGCUCGUCGCUGCCGCCACUGCGCGCCAGUUUGUCGCCCAGGCCUCGGUGGCGCCCCACCACGCCAACAUCAAGGAUACCCGCGCCUUUGGCUGGACGUAUUUCGCGCACUUCGACGCCGUGUGCAACGCCCUGGACAAUCUCGAUGCGCGGCGCUGGGUGAAUGCGAUGUGCGUCCAGACGGGCGUGCCCCUCGUCGAGAGUGGCACGACGGGCUUCAACGGGCAGGUGCAGCCGAUCUGUCCAGGCACGACCGAGUGCUUUGACUGCGUGGGCAAAGUGACGCCGCGCACGUACCCCGUCUGCACCAUCCGCUCCACGCCCUCGGCGCCCGUGCACUGCGUCGUGUGGGCCAAGACGUGGCUCUUUGGCCAGCUGUUUGGCGCGCAGGACGAGAGCGAGGACGCGGAGCUGGAAAAGGCGCUUGCCGAGGGCGAGAAUGCCGACGAGAUUGCGAGCCUGCGCAAAGAGGCGAGCGAGAUGCGCCGUGUGCGCGAGGGCGUGCUUGCGCUGGAUGAGGAUGACGAGGCAGGCGAGGCAGGCGAGGAGAGAGAAGUCAAGGCAGCCAGAAGCGUCUUCGACAAGGUCUUCAAGCACGACGUCGAGCGCCUGCUCAGCAUGGACGACAUGUGGCGCGCCCGCCGGCGGCCCGUCCCGCUGGCCUUCGAUGGGGCGAUGAGAGCAACCGACGAGGAGAGGCAACCACAGGAAGAAAGAGGAGAAAGCAACCUGCGCGACCAGCAGCGCCUCUCGCUCCGCCAGACGGUGCAGCUGUUCCAGCGCAGCCUCGUGGCGCUGGCCCGGCGUGCGCGCGCCAGUGGCGAGCCGCAGUCGUUUGACAAGGACGACGACGAUGCGCUUGAUUUCGUCACGGCGACGGCGAACCUGCGCAGCCGCGUGUACGGCAUCGGCGAGCAGACGCGCUUCCAGGUCAAGGAGAUGGCCGGCAACAUCAUCCCUGCCAUUGCGUCGACGAAUGCCGUCACGGCGGGCGCCCAGGUCCUGCAGCUGCUCCACGCCCUGGGCCGCGACUGGGCGCGCGCGCGCCUCAUCACGCUCACGCGCUCCAACGGCACCCGCCUCCUGACGAGUGCGCGCCUGGGUGCGCCCAAUGCCGCGUGCGGCGUGUGCCAGGACGUGUACAUGCGCGCGUGCGUCGACGUGCGCAAGUGCACAAUUGGCCACGUCGUCCGCCUCGCGCGCCAGGCUCGCGAGCACGGCGGGCUGGGCUUUGACGCGGAGGGCAUCGAGGUAUACGAGGGCACGCGCCUGCUCGCCGACGAGGACUUUGACGACAACGUCGACAAGCCGCUCGCCGACGUCGGCCUCGCGCCGGGCAUGACGCUCACCCUCGUCGACGACGACGGCGCCAAGGCCAGCCUCAACCUUGUUCUCGAUGAGUUGCCAGCCGGCGACGGUGUGAUCGAUGUCGGUCCGGCUGAUGCGCUGCCUGCGAUCAAGGACCGUGCCAAGCUGCCAGGGAACAAGCACGGCCACGGCGACGAUGAUGAUGACGACGACAGCGCCGUCGAGGAGGUGCAGACGCCGCUGCCGCCCAAGAAGCGCGCGCGGCAGGAGCCUGAGAAGGAGGCACGAGGCGCCGGCGAGGAGGCAGACUCGGCACCGGCGGCAAAAAGGGCAAGGCGAUUGGCGACGACGGCGCGGCGGCGGCGGCGCAGCGCGGGAAUGGCGUCGUGCUGCCCCGGCCACGAUGCGCUCGCGGCGACGCCUGGCAUGCUCGCGCAGGCGUAUGCCGCCUCGCCGUACCUGACUGCGCUCCUGCUCGGCCCGCCGCUCCUCGGCCUCGUGCUCCUCUACCCGGCCCUCGUCGUGCUCUCGCCCAGCACACAGCGGCGGCGCCUGCCCGCGUGUGCGUCCGUGUACUACGACCAUCGUGCAAAGUCAGAGGGGCGAGAUGAAGAGGAGAAGCUGGCGAGCCUCGUUGGCGACGAGGCGUCGGUGCAGCUCAGCGUCGUGGUGCCUGCAUACAACGAGGCGCGCCGGCUGACUCGUAUGCUCGACGAGGCCGUUGCAUGGCUCGACGGCGUGCGUGUGCGCGGCGAGAGCCUCGUGGGCGAUGUCGGCGAUUCAAAAGGCAGUCUUAGUGACGAGAACGACGACGAGAACGACGACGGACGCGGCGUGCGAGACGCCCUCGUGGGCCGCCUCGACUCGUACGAGAUCCUCGUCGUCGACGACGGCUCCACCGACGACACGGCGCGCAUCGCGUCCGAGUACGCCGCGGGACAACAGCAGGUCCGCGUCGUGCGCAUGGGCAUCAACUGCGGCAAGGGCGCCGCGGUGCGCCACGGCGUGCUCCAUGCGCGCGGCCGCGUCAUCCUCUUUGCCGAUGCCGACGGCGCGAGCCGCUUUGCCGACCUGCGCGUGCUGUCGCGCGAGCUGGCGCGCAUUCAGACUGGUGCCGGCCACGGCGUCGUCUGCGGCAGCCGCGCCCACCUCGUCGGCAGCGAGGCCGUCGUGCAGCGCUCGUUUGUGCGCAACUUUCUCAUGCACGCCUUCCACCUCGUCCUCGCCCUGCUGCUGCGCCCGCCCUCGCCGUCUGCGCUCCUCGCGCGCCUCGCCCCUGCGUCUGUGUUUGGCCGUCGUGGCGGCGGGAAUGGAGCUCGCGUCGCGCUGCCGGCCCAGCCCGCGAUCCGCGACACCCAGUGCGGCUUCAAGCUCUUCAGCCGGCCCACGGCACAAGUCGUCUUUCCGCGCGCACACAUCGACCGCUGGAUCUUUGAUGUCGAGCUGCUGCUGCUCGCCGAGAUGGCGAGCCGCGCGACGCUGCUCGAUGCUGCUGCGCGUGGGCACGAGUGGCGGCGGCGGAGACCCUCCAGCAACGGCGAGGCAAGGCAGGCACAGACGAGCAACGGAGGAGCCGAGUCCACCAACCUCAAGGCCGCACAGGGAGAGGCCAAGCAUAGGGAAGGGCAGGAAGAGGCCACGCACAGGGACGGACUGCGCGACGACGUGCUGCUCCGCCUGCCCGUGCCCAUCGCAGAGGUCGCCGUCCAGUGGGCCGAGGUCGAGGGCAGCAAGAUUGCCCUGCUCCGCGACUCGGUCGGCAUGGCCCUCGACCUCGUCGUCAUUCGCGCAAACUACGCCCUGGGCCGCUGGGCGCGCCCGCCGAGCCUGCUGUCGGUCGGCGAGAAGCCAGCCUGCUGCCAGUAG